AUUUUGAAGUUUUAAAAACAUUUGUAAGGUUCCCAAAAAAAACAACAAAAAAAUUUUAAAACGUGCUCAAAAUUAAAGUCAUGGAAUCAAAAGAAUUAAAAAGCAUAGAUCUAGGCUUUUCUGAAGAACAGGAUUCAUGGUUAUUGACAAAUCGUUUCUUCCCAUCGAAGAUCGGAGGCAAAGCAGCUUGGCUGGAGCUAGAAAACAUCCCAGAUGCAAAGGAUCUAAGUUGUGAUUACUGCAAUGAGCCGUGUACAUUUCUUUGUCAAAUUUAUGCUGCUGGAACUGGCAAAAUAUCUCAUGCAUUUCACAGAACAAUUUUUGUAUUUAUUUGCCGGAACGGAAAGUGCUGUAACAUCAAUCAAUCUGGAAACGUUAAAGUCUUAAGAAGUCAGUUGCCAUUAAUUAAUAAAUUUUAUCCGGAUACGCCAGCUGAUGAGUCAGUAGAGAUCGAAGGAAUUGAGCCAUUCUGUAAAGUUUGCAAUGUUUGUGGCUGUAAAGGUCCAAUGGUUUGUGGAAAGUGCAAAUCUGUCAACUAUUGUGGACAACAUCAUCAAAAAAUUGACUGGAAAUCGCACAAAAGAAGUUGUGGACAAGAAAGCAUAUCCAAAACUAAUCAAAUCGAGUCUUGCCAUUUUCCUGAGUACGAAAUCGUUAUUGAAGGUGAAGAUAAUGACACAGACACAAAAGCUAAAAGAGAAUCAGAUAAAGAGUCUGAGACUAGACGAUUCCGUGAAUAUGAGGAUAUGAUUAAAGAAGGAAAGAUUGUACACAAUGGUGACAUUAGUGAGGCUGAUAUGAAGGACAUGGAUGACACAAAAGAAGAUAAAGCAUUUGGAAAGUUUAAAAAAGCCAUUGAAAGUAAUCCAACGCAAGUCAUCAGAUACAGUCGUCAUGGACAGCCUCUUUGGAUUUCAAGUACGGGAACUUUAAACAAAUCAAAUGUCCCAAAAUGCUCAAAUUGCAAUGGAAAAAGAUCAUUCGAAUUUCAGAUAAUGCCACAAAUGCUGAAUGACUUGAAAAAUUACGAUUUAGAUUGGGGAAUCAUUGCUAUCUAUACAUGCGAAAAUGACUGUAAUACAAAUGGAAAGUAUAUUCAAGAAUUUUGCUACAAGCAGGACGUCACUAAAGCUGAUUCUGAUGCCUUUGAUGUUGACAUAAAAAAAAAAUUGCAAAUUUCAGAAGAUAAUUGCCAAAUAAACUCUAAAGAUGAAGUUCGUAGUCCAACGACAAUUGAAGGAACUAGCAAGAAGGCGAAAACUUCAAAAAAUAAUAAGGAUAUAGCAAGUAAGGUUAAUUCAAAGAAAGCUUUUAAGGAAUGCGAUAAUUGGGAAUGAUUUAAUACAUUAAAUUGUCACAUGAAUUAAAUAAAUGAAGAGAAUUUUUACAACAAAUCAUAUGCUGGAUUUUGAUUGAUCCUGGAGCCUUGG